CUCCUUCCUUCUUAUCUCUUUCUUUCUUUUCAGCAGUUCACGCUCUUUCAACAAUCCAUUCUCUUUUCAGCUGCUCCCUCCCAUCCUCUUACUGAGAAAGAAACACUAAUCAGAAAGAUGGAAGAUCAGGAAGGAAACCAAGUCGUGAUUCCAAGGGUGAAACUGGGCAAUCAAGGCUUUGAGGUCUCAAAGCUGGGAUUUGGAUGUAUGACCCUGACUGGAAUGUACAAUUCUCCUCUUUCUGAUGAUGAUGGAAUCUCUGUAAUACAGCAUGCUUUCAGUAAGGGAAUCACUUUCUUUGAUACAUCUGACAUCUAUGGGCCCCAUACUAACGAAAUUCUGCUUGGGAAGGCCUUGAAGCAGUUGCCAAGAGAGAAAAUUCAAAUAGCCACCAAAUUUGGGGUCCAAGUAUUGAACUUUCCUCAUAUGAUAGUGAACAGUACGCCCGAGUAUGUUCGCUCAUGCUGUGAGGCUAGCUUGAAGCGUCUUGAUGUGGAAUACAUUGAUCUGUAUUAUCAGCAUCGGGUGGACACUAAAACACCUAUAGAAGAAACUGUAUGUGAACUUAAGAAACUGGUACAAGAGGGAAAAGUCAAGUAUAUUGGUCUAUCUGAAGCCAGCCCAGACACAAUAAGGAGAGCACAUGCCAUCCAUCCCAUCACAGCUGUGCAAAUGGAGUGGUCUCUGUGGACUCGUGAUAUUGAGGAAGAGAUAAUACCACUUUGCAGGGAACUUGGAAUUGGAAUAGUUCCAUUUAGUCCUCUGGGUCGUGGUUUUUUUGCUGGCAAAGGAGUUGUGGAAAGUCUGGCCACAAAUAGCUCCUUGGCUCUGCAUCCUCGGUUCCAAGCAGAGAAUUUGGAAAAGAACAAGACCAUUUACACUCGAAUCGAAAGCUUAGCAAGAACGCACAAAUGCACACCUGCCCAGCUAGCUCUAGCAUGGGUUCUUGAACUUGGAAAUGAUGUUGUACCUAUUCCUGGGACAACUAAGAUCAAGAACCUGGAUGGCAACAUUGGCUCUUUGAAGGUGAAACUUGGAGAAGAAGACCUGAAAGAGAUAUCUGAUGCUGUACCCAUCGAAGAAGUGGCUGGCAGUAGAAGCUAUCAAAACAUGGAUCAUUUUCAAUGGAAGUUUGCUAACACUCCUCCAAAGAAUUAGAGCUGUCUAUCAGGAAGUAUUGUUUAUUGAGAUCCCU